CAAAAGCAUGCUUCUGUCAUCACCUAAACCCAAAUUGUCAAAUAGAAUUUGAAAGUUAUCGUAAAACUUACCUAUUUUGACGACUUUAUUUUGAAAAUAAGGUAUUAAAACUAACUCAAAAUACCGAUAUGAGUACACCGAACAAACGGAGAGAUAACAUGGAAGAUAGCGGUAUUAAUGCAAAAAGGCCGAAAUCUGAAUGUCCGUACGCUGAGAAAUGCUUCAGACUAAAUCCUAUACACUUCAGAGAGUAUAGCCAUGCUCAUUUGGAAUCAAUAUUAGAUUCGUACACUGGUACCGGAGAGUUUCCGAUCCCGUCAAAGCUGUCCGGGCAGAGACAGAUGUAUGUGGACCAGUUGAAGAUGAUGGUCCACAAACAGAUUUACGCAUACGGCAGGAAUUUUGACAGUGAAGCUGGUAGCAGUACAGAAACCACACAGAACAACACAGAAGAUAGAAAAAAAGAAGAGAAAUUAAAAGAAGCGAAACAGAAGGACAGGUCUCCUUCUAGCAGGAAUAUAGGAUCCACACCGUCAAGUAGCAGGAGUGGGGAAUGCAGUUAUAAUUCUUCUCAAUCUUCUAGAAGCAGAGAAGGAGGGAGUCAGAAUACUUCUAGCAGUAAAGAAAGUGUUAAAGACAGUGACUAUCGCCCCAUAGUGCCACCUACCCGUCGCGCCGAAGAUUAUUUAUCUGUGGUCCGCCCCAAAGGCAAUAUGGCCGCCAAACACGACGCCAGCGCCCCCUACUACGUGUUCUAUACAACUAUCAAAGAUGCAAAAGAAACACACAACCAGCCAUAUUCCAUUACAUUUCUAGAAAUCCUAGAUAGGAGCUUGGGUGAACUAAAAUGCUCUCUACAAAUCAAUUUUAUGGUGGAAAUUGGAUGGCUCUUGGCGCAGUAUUACUUUGCUGGAUAUAGUGAGAAAAAAUUAACAAUUCUAUACGGAGAAGAAUGUUCUGAGUUGAAGAAUAUUAGUCAGAAAAAACCACAGGUGACUGCGCACCAAGUGACCAUGUCGACCCCUUUCGGGAAACAUCACACAAAAAUGAUGAUCCUGUGCUAUGAAGAUGGUUCCCUUCGAGUCGUAAUUUCUACAGCUAAUUUGUACUUGGAUGAUUGGGAAAAUCGGACGCAAGGCUUAUGGUUCAGUCCGUCCUGUCCAGAAUUGCCGGCGGAUUCGAUGCCCCACGAAGGCGAAUCCCCGACGAUGUUCAAAAAAAGCCUGCUUAGAUAUUUAAAUAAUUAUCACCUACCUAAUCUAGCGUUUUACGUGGACCGAGUGAAAAGAUGCAAUUUCAGUCAUAUUAACGUAUUCCUAGUAGCAUCAGUACCGGGGUCACAUUUUGACCUCGACUGGGGUAUGACUCGCGUGGGGUCUCUUUUGAGGCAGCACUGUUGUAUUCCUCCGGAAGAGACCAAAAAUUGGCCUUUAAUCGCUCAAGCCAGUAGUAUUGGAAGUUACGGGAAGGAACCUAAGCUAUGGUUGACCGGAGACUUCCUGCACAAUUUCACAAAGAUCAAGAAUCAGUCGCAAUUGUUAUCAACACCGCCGGAAUUGAGGAUAGUGUACCCGUCUUUAGAGAAUGUCCGCCAGUCGCACGACAACCUUCUCGGUGGGGGAUGUCUGCCGUACGCGGGGGAUGCGCAUGCCAAGCAGCCAUGGUUGAAUAGCUUUUUGUACCAAUGGCAAGCUAAAUCGACGUGCAGGAAUCGCGCUAUGCCGCAUAUAAAGUCGUAUACGCGAUUCCAUAAUGGUAAAGCCGCGUUUUACCUCCUAACGUCGGCAAAUAUCAGUAAGGCGGCUUGGGGACAGGUGAACAAAGGAAAUGGAGCCCUAAGGAUCAUGAGUUAUGAAGCUGGCGUCUUGUUUUUGCCUCAAUUCGUGAUAAAAGAAGAUUAUUUCCCUCUUCAGCAGAAUGCAAGACACCGUCUAGUUAUACCAUACGAUCUUCCACCAGUGAAAUAUACACAAGAUAUGACUCCUUGGGUGUCUGAUUAUUUGAAUUAGCAAAAAAAACAGAAAACAGUUUUCUUGCAGCAACUUUUCUGCUGUCCCUCCCGCCCUGGACGGGAGAAGUCAGGUGAUGAUUUUCUUCUCUCAAAAUUAAAUCCCAGACCUGGAACUGUGAUGCAGUUAAUAUAUCACUGCACGGUUGAUGCGGUGGCUGGGCAAUUGACUGCCGCGCAACGUGUCGCGGGUUCGAUUACCGCACGGAACAACUCUUUGUGUGAUCCACAAAUUGUUGUUCCGGGUCUGGGUGUCAUGUGCAUGUGGAAUUGUAUGUUUGGAAACCCACGACACAGGAGAAAAUCGUAAUGUGGGGCAACGUUUAAAAAAAAC